UGGCAGUGGCAACUAAUAUGAAAUGGUCAUUCGUGUUGAGGGGGUGAAGAGUACAUAUUCGUUCUGCUUCUCCCUCUUGCGAGAAGCUCCCCCGCCCCUCUCUCUAUCCAUCUCCCUUCAUUUCUCUCUCUCUGCUUUCCAUUUGCUCUGCUCUUGCGGCCAUAGUUGCAGGCGCAAAGCAGGUCAAACAUGAGCGGGCACGACUCCAAGUAUUUCUCCACCACUAAGAAGGGGGAGAUCCCCGAACUCAAAGACGAGCUCAAUUCCCAGUAUAAGGAUAAGAAGAAGGAUGCCGUCAAGAAGGUGAUUGCUGCAAUGACUGUUGGCAAGGAUGUUUCAUCAUUGUUUACUGAUGUUGUGAAUUGCAUGCAAACGGAGAAUCUGGAGUUGAAGAAGCUCGUUUAUUUGUAUCUUAUAAACUAUGCAAAAAGCCAGCCAGAUCUUGCUAUAUUGGCUGUAAAUACAUUUGUUAAGGAUUCGCAAGACCCAAAUCCAUUAAUCCGUGCUUUAGCUGUACGAACAAUGGGAUGCAUUCGUGUUGAUAAAAUCACUGAAUAUUUAUGUGACCCUCUUCAAAGAUGUCUUAAGGAUGAUGAUCCUUAUGUUCGGAAGACAGCAUCAAUAUGUGUUGCGAAACUGUAUGAUAUAAAUGCUGAGCUAGUGGAAGACAGGGGUUUCCUAGAUACUCUCAAGGAUUUGAUCUCCGAUAGUAACCCGAUGGUGGUAGCAAAUGCUGUGGCUGCACUUGCAGAGAUUCAAGAAAAUAGUUGCAGACCGAUCUUUGAAAUCACCAGCCACACCCUUUCAAAGCUCUUAACUGCUUUAAACGAGUGCACUGAAUGGGGUCAAGUUUUCAUAUUGGAUGCUCUUUCGAGAUACAAGGCAUCUGAUGCCCGUGACGCUGAAAAUAUUGUGGAACGGGUUACUCCACGUCUUCAACAUGCAAAUUGUGCAGUUGUACUAUCUGCUGUCAAGAUGAUCCUCAUGCAAAUGGAACUGAUCACUAGCACUGAUGUGGUCCGCAAUCUCUGCAAAAAGAUGGCUCCUCCAUUGGUGACACUUCUUUCUGCUGAACCCGAGAUACAAUAUGUUGCAUUAAGAAACAUUAAUCUUAUAGUACAAAGGCGACCAACAAUACUUGCACAUGAGAUAAAGGUGUUCUUUUGCAAGUAUAAUGAUCCAAUAUAUGUGAAAAUGGAAAAAUUGGAAAUAAUGAUAAAGCUUGCUUCUGAUCGGAACAUAGACCAGGUUCUUUUGGAGUUCAAGGAAUAUGCCACGGAAGUAGAUGUAGAUUUUGUUAGAAAGGCUGUCCGAGCUAUUGGACGUUGUGCAAUAAAGUUAGAAAGAGCAGCUGAACGGUGCAUUAGUGUGUUGCUUGAGUUGAUAAAGAUCAAAGUAAACUAUGUUGUGCAAGAGGCUAUUAUAGUCAUCAAGGACAUUUUCAGACGGUACCCAAACACUUAUGAAUCAAUCAUUGCAACCCUUUGUGAAAGUUUAGACACAUUAGAUGAGCCAGAAGCGAAGGCAUCAAUGAUCUGGAUAAUUGGUGAAUAUGCAGAAAGGAUCGACAAUGCUGAUGAACUUCUUGAGAGCUUCCUAGAGAGUUUCCCUGAGGAACCAGCACUUGUCCAGCUUCAGUUGUUGACAGCAACUGUCAAGUUGUUUCUCAAGAAGCCAACUGAAGGUCCACAGCAGAUGAUUCAGGUUGUGCUUAACAAUGCCACUCUGGAGACAGACAACCCAGAUCUUCGUGAUCGUGCAUAUAUUUAUUGGCGCCUUUUAUCAACAGAUCCUGAGGCUGCCAAAGAUGUAGUUUUAGCUGAGAAGCCGGUGAUCAGCGACGAUUCAAAUCAACUCGAUCCUGCACUUCUUGAUGAGCUGCUUGCAAACAUUGCCACACUUGCAUCGGUGUACCACAAACCCCCUGAUGCAUUUGUUAGCCGUGUUAAAACGUCUAUCCAGAGACCAGAAGAGGAUGAAGAAUUUGAUGGGGUUGAUGCUGGGUCCUCUGAAUCAUCCGUUCAUGCUGUUGACAAUAGUUCAUCUCCCUCUGUUUCAAGUAACGUUCCAUAUGCUUCUACAAGGGAGGGAGCACCGGCAGCCCCUGCUCCUGCACCAGCACCUGUGCCAGAUUUGCUUGGUGAUCUGAUAGGUCUUGAUAAUGCACUUGUGCCUGUUGAUCAACCUGCUGUGGCUUCUGGACCUCCAUUGCCUGUUUUACUUCCAUCCUCUUCUGGUCAAGGUUUACAAAUCAAUGGCCAACUUACAAGACGUGAUGGUCAAAUAUUUUACAGUAUAAUGUUUGAAAACAAUUCACAAAUUCCUCUUGAUGGGUUCAUGAUACAGUUCAACAAAAAUACAUUUGGUCUUGCAGCAGCUGGACCUCUGCAGGUACCACAAUUGCAACCUGGUGCUUCGGCAAGGACUCUGUUGCCAAUGGUGUUGUUCCAGAAUAUUUCUCCGGGGCCUCCAAGCUCACUUUUGCAGGUUGCAGUAAAAAACAUGCAACAGCCAGUGUGGUAUUUUAAUGAUAAAGUAUCAUUGCAGCCAUUUUUCACUGAAGAUGGUAGAAUGGAGCGUGCAAAUUUCCUUGAGACAUGGAAAUCACUGCCAGAUUCAAAUGAGAUUGUGAAAGAGCUGACAGCUUCUUUGAUCAACAAUGUCGAUGUCACUCUUGAUAAACUUGCUGCUUCCAACCUGUUUUUCAUCGCAAAACGCAGGCACGCCAAUCAAGAGGUUCUCUAUCUCUCUACCAAGAUCCCUGGCAACAUCCCCUUCCUUAUUGAGCUUACCACCACUGCUGGGAUCCCUGGAGUAAAAUGCGCAAUCAAGACACCCAACCCUGAGAUGGCCCCUCUCUUCUUUGAAGCCAUGGAAGCCCUUCUCAAGUGAUGCGAUCUUCCAAGUAACAUGCUUUUGUAGCAUGUGUUACUCACACUAUUGUGCCUUUUGUGUAGUCUGCUUUGCUUCUUGGUCCAAACAGCCUGGAAGGUUUUUUGUUAAUCUUUGCUUGCCCAGCGCCAGCUCGAAAGAUUUUGAGUUGAAAUUUGUUGCGAAAGAUCUCGAAGAAAUUUUUGAGUUUGGUUUGAAGGUUACCAUUGUAUCCUUGUCCGUUGAAUUGCUUUAGUUCGGCAUGAAGGUUUUCAUUGUAUCA